AUGGGCUACGGCGCCACACCAUCGGACGAGCGAUCGCAUCCGCUCGACAGUUACAACACCAUGGACCUAAGCGAUGAUGAUGAUGCCAUCAUUCCCAAGGGAGCUCUGGAUCCUGUGUACGAGGCAAAAGCACGCAUCCUCAAUCGCGCCAUUUGCGACAUUGGGAUGGGUUGGUAUCAAUGGCAACUUUUUAUCGUUGUCGGAUUUGGUUGGGCGAGCGACAACCUGUGGCCCAUCGUUACCUCACUCAUCCUCAAGCCCGUCACACACGAGUUUGAUGUAUCGCGACCGCCUCUCCUGACUCUUGCACAAAACAUUGGUCUUCUAUCUGGAGCUGUCUUUUGGGGGUUCGGGUGCGACAUCUUCGGGCGCAAAUGGGGAUUCAACCUGACUCUGGGGCUCACGGCGGUUUGGGGAAUGAUUGCCGCCAGUUCCCCCAAUUUCGCCGCCGCCGCCAUCUUCAAUGCUCUCUGGUCCUUUGGCGUUGGAGGCAAUCUGCCCGUCGACUCGGCAGUUUUCCUCGAGUUCUUGCCCCAGUCACACCAGUAUUUGCUUACUGUUCUCUCAAUAGACUGGGCUAUUGCUCAAGUAAUCGCCAACCUGGUUGCUUGGCCGCUGCUGGGAAACAUGACGUGCAGCUCCAAGGAACAGCCAUGCCUUCGUAGCGACAAUAUGGGCUGGCGCUACUUCGUCAUCGCCAUGGGCGGCUUGACGCUGCUCAUGUUUUUGACCCGUUUUGUCUUCUUCACCAUUUACGAGUCGCCCAAAUUCUUGGUCGGCAAGGGUCGUGACGAGGAUGCUGUCCGAGUCAUUCAAGAGGUGGCCAGGAAGAAUGGGAAAAUCAUCAACCUGACUGUCCGGGAUCUGAAGGCAUGCGAAACCGAAGGAUAUGCAGUUCAGGCAGAUGCGUCCACCGCCUUGAAGCGACACUUGGACCAGGUGAACCCUGACAAGAUAAAGGCCCUGUUCACCACCCCACGAAUGGCGCUGAGCACUAGCGUCAUGAUGUGUAUAUGGGCGCUGAUCGGACUCGGAUACCCCCUGUACAACGCAUUCUUGCCCUACAUCCAAGACAGCAGAGGAGCGCAGUUUGACGACGGUAGCACCUACAUCACCUAUCGAAACAGCCUCAUCAUAUCUGUUCUCGGCAUCCCCGGAGCACUCCUGGGAGGCUUCUUGGUGGAGAUUCCUCGAAUCGGGCGAAAAGGCACGCUUUCCAUCUUUACAUCCCUGACCGGGGUCUUUCUAUACUGCUCAACGACCGCGCUGAACAGCACUGCGCUCCUGGGAUGGAACUGCGCCUUCAACUUUUGCAGCAAUGUCAUGUAUUCGGUUCUGUACGGUUACACGCCGGAAAUCUUCCCGACACCCCAACGCGGGACGGGGAAUGCCUUGACGGCGACAUGCAAUCGCGUGUUUGGUAUCAUGGCCCCCAUCGUCGCCAUGUUUGCGAAUCUUCAAACCGCUGCACCUGUGUAUACUAGUGGCGCCUUGUUUAUUGCCGCGGGGGUUCUGACUCUAAUCCUGCCGUUUGAGUCGAGAGGGAAGGCUGCUCUGUAG